CUAUGCGACACUCUCAAGGUAAUCACAAUGCCAAAUGUAAAAAUAAACUAAUCGUCCCCCGCAGAGUAGUGAUCGGCGACGUCGACGGUCACUUUCGUGAUGUAUUCCAGAAACUCAAUACUCUGCAUAGCAAGAACAGCUUUGCAUUUGGCAUUGUGGUAGGGAAUCUCUUCGCAGAUCCAGAGGGCUCAACAACGGAGGAUGAUCAAGCAAUCCAAGAGCUGCUGGACGGAAAGAUUGGCAUUCAGCUGCCAGUGUACUUUGCGCUAAGGAAUCAUGCGCUUCCGCCGCGUGUUAUUGAUCGAUUGCGGUCAUCCGAAGGCGAGCUCUGCGCAAAUCUUUUCUUCCUUGGCAGGAGAUCUACAACAAAAACCUCUGAUGGGGUUCGUAUUGUAGCUUUGGGAGGCACCUUUAGUUCAGAUUCUUCCCCCAGUUCAACAGUGGAUGAGUACCUGCCCUCGUAUACGCAGCAAGACGCGAAGAUACUCAAGGGAGCCAAACACGCCGAUAUUCUCAUCACUUCUGACUGGCCAUCCGCUGUGCGGUCAAAUUCUAAGGUCGCCAUAGGCGAUCACGACGAGCCAAUCUCACAGGAGUGUGUCUCUGAGCUCUGCGAGGCGCUGAGGCCACGAUACCACUUCUCGGCUGCGUCACCGGAUCUGUUCUAUGAGAGAGAACCUUUUUCCCAUGUCCCUAGAGAGGAUGAGUCUGGGCUAUAUCACACAACGAGAUUUCUGAGCCUAGCGGCGUAUAACAACUCGUCAAAAUCCAAGUGGAUAUAUGCGUUCUCGCUCGAGCCAGGAGCUCAGCCCGCAUCGUCCUUGCCCGCAGGUGCAACAGCUUCGCCGUUUGCGAACAUCAACAAGAAGCGUUCCGCACUUCCGGACCAGACUAGCUACCGCUUCUCCUCCACUGGUUACGAUUCAUACGAGCGUCCGCGAAAACGGCAUAGGCAUCGUGAGAAAGCCCCUCCUCCCACACAGGGUGAAUGCUACUUCUGCCUCUCCAACCCUAACUUGCCGACGCAUCUGGUCACAUCGAUAGCUACAGAAGCAUAUCUCACCACUGCGAAAGGACCACUAACGACUUCUAAAACAUUUCCUUCCCUGCCUUUCCCGUCACAUAUUCUCGUCAUACCCAUGGCACAUGCGCCCACCCUGUCACUCAUUCCCGAGCCAGAAUCCCGCGAAACGACAAAGGUAGAGAUGACCAAGUACAGAGAAGGAAUCCAGAAAAUGAUAGCUACAGUCUCAAAGGGAGAGCUGGGGGCGGUCACCUGGGAGAUAUCUCGCGCGUCAGGGUUCCACGCCCAUUGGCAAAUCCUUCCACUGCCACAAUCCAUCAUCUCGAAGGGCCUAGUCGAGGUUGCGUUCAAAGUCGAGGCAGAGAACAAAUCGCACCCGCACCUCGAAAAAGGUGAGCCGGACGAGGCCACCGACUAUUUCAGACUGUGGAUCUACGACGGCGAGAAGAAGAAGGAAGAGCAGCUGCAUUUUCCGAUCGACGCGGGGUUCAGGGAUCUUCAGUACGCGAGACGGGUAUGCGCAAAGCUCUUGGGGCUGGAGGGGAGAGUCAUGUGGCAAGACUGCGGGCAGACGCUGGAUGAGGAGACAGCGGACGCAGAGGCGUUCAAAGAAGCGUUCAAGGCUUGGGACUUCACCGAGGAGCAGUAGCGACGGACUGUCGGCACAAAUCUGACGUGGAGAAUGUCAACGAGUUUAGAGAGGCAGCAUGUUCAUAUAGCUCCGUUGGAAUCCCAGCUACACCGGAUCAUUGGGGGAAGUAGUUGGCUUUCGCUGUCGUGCAUGCGUUCAACCUGUCCUGUUGGACUGUUGCAUUCACGGUUGUCUUGUGCCGUAAGCACCAUCAAAAUACAUGACCCACAAUACCGAUUUGACGGACACUCAUCUAAAAGUUAG